CAGUGCCGUGGGAUUUCAUGGUGUACGCUGACGGGGUGAAUGAUCAUGGUGUUUUCGAUCAUUUAUCUUGGCCUCUUUCUCCUACUAGGUUUCUGCCAUGGUCAAAACUUCAGUUAUGACGGAGAUCAAGGUCCAUUGCAUUGGGGCGAGGAAUAUCAUUCGUGUAUUGGGAAAUAUCAGUCGCCCAUUAACAUAGAAGAGCACAAUGUCAAGAACGUCAGCCUGUCACCACUGAGAUUAAUCGGCAUUGACAAUCCAUACCAGUCAUACGUGACGAACACCGGUCACACGGUUAUGUUGAAAACCAACGAAUCUAAAGCGGCUACGUUGUCCGGAGGACCCUUACAGGAUAACUAUGUGUUUGAACAGUUGCAUUUUCAUUGGGGUGAAAACGAUUACGAGGGAUCCGAAGACUUAGUCAACAAUCACUCGUUCCCGAUGGAAAUGCACGCCGUCUUUUACAAGGAAGAUUACAAGUCAUUCAAUGAAGCUCUCAACCACAGUGAUGGUCUGGCUAUUUUAGCAUAUUUGUACGAGGUAAGCCCUCAACCGAAUCCAGCGUACGAACCUAUCGUAAGAGUACUACGUGAUAUAGAAGUGAUGGGUAAGAGAAAAGCAUUGCAAGAACCUUUACUGUUGGAAAGUUUAUUUGUACCAGACAUUGCAAAAAUGCAGGACUACUUCACGUAUUUCGGCUCAUUAACUACUCCGCCUUGUCUCGAGGUCGCUAGGUGGAUUGACUUUAAGGAUCGUCAACAAUUAUCGCACGAACAGUUGGCUGCGUUUCGUGACUUACAGACUCCCGAAGGUGAUAAAUUGACUCACAACUUCCGGCCAGUGCAGCCUUUAGAGGACCGAGUAGUUUUUCAUAAUAUUCCGAAAGAGCAAAACACUCUGAGUAAUACUCAUCAUUCUGAUGGGCAUUCAGGACAACGGAAUGUUAAAAUACCAAUUCUAUUCGUCGCAUUGGGAGCUCUUGUGGCAAUCUUUCUGUUUGCCAUAUGA